AUGGGCGCCCAAGGGAAAUUCUUUACAAUCGCUGCGGUGGUGGCCCUCGGGAUAGCAAAUGGAUACUACACAUUCAACCCGAGCUUGAAAGAAGCCAAGGAGAAAGCAGACGGAACAUAUCUCAGUAAAACUUUGGAGAACCAAGACGCUCAGAAGAAGACUGCUAGUCAAGAGGACAAGAAGUCAACGAGUCAAUGA